CUCCCUUUAAAAUCGCACUCCUUUUUUAUUUAACAAUGAAGCCUGACACUGCAGACGAUAUACCACCCAUCUUGACUCACAAACCAGACACAAAAGACGAAGGCGAGCCAGUAUUUGAUAAACCCAACACGUACGAAGAGCGAGUGCGUUUACCUCAAGAAGUGUUGGAUGACUUGAUCGUUAGAGCGGAAUUUGUCGAUGGCAAACGACCUGCUAUAAAGACGAAUGAAGAUGACGAGGAGGAAAGUGGAGGGUCACUUUUAACCAGCCAUCUGCUAUCACAUAUUCCUUCUUCUACUACGGGACUGACGUCUUCACCACCUCCUGCUGCUCUCAGUCCCAGUGCUUCUAGCGUCAGCAGUAAUAGUAGUAAUAUGAGCAGUGCCACCACCCGUUUAGCGCUACUAAAAAUCCUGAAAACCAAGCCUAUGGAAGACUUGAUCACGUUUGAUUUACGUAAAUACUCUUUAUCUAGACCCCACGAGCAUGAGGUAUAUUUACAAGGCACCAAAGACCAGAAAUACAAAAAGAUCCAACCUCAUUCGUAUUCUUGGGGAUUUCAAAAUAUUCUGUACAAGACCAGUACUGAAAAGAUCAAGGUGGCCGAAGCAAGAAGACGAGCCUUUAAGAAAGAAAUUACAGUGGAAUGGGGAGACUUUCCUUUGCUUUCGACAGAGGAAUUCAAUGGUGAAGAAGACGAUGUGGAGGACGAUGAUACGAUUACGGCAGCCACAGAAAACACCACUAAAUCAAAUCAAUUACACAACAAGACAAACUCGCACCUGUUGUUUACGUACGAAACUGAGUUUGAGGGAUUCCAAAUUCGAUGGAAAAGAGCCAGUUUGUUAUCGCAUGAUAUGGUCUGUGAGGUCAAAUGCGAACAGCCGCAGGAACAAAAGAAGAAAUGGCAUGUCAUUGCCGAAUUCGAUAGUCAUCGUAUGGGCUAUUUUGUACAUCUGGGCGAAUUAAUCAUUGAUAGAAAUGCCCUGAAAUUAGUGGAUAGACCUGAUCAUUUUGAAGCUCACAUCGUCGUCACAUGUUGUACGCUGAUUGAUCUGAUGAGAGAAGUCGUAGAAAAGGCUGUGGGGUUGAGUAAAGGUGGCGUAGUUGGCAGUGAUUAGUUCUAGACUUUAUAUAAAUAAAUAAAUCUUGGUGUUUGGGGAAAGCAAGCUGUAACUAAGAUGUUUAUUAUUUUCACAUGCUUA